CUCCGAGGAAGAGCAGUGAAAACAGACGGUCGGAGGAACGGGCUCAGUCUGCGGGUUCAGCUUUUUAGAAAGGCUGCGCGGUUCUUCGUGUGGGUUUUGCUGCACAACAGCGUCACCUCGUCCGGCACUAUGGUGGUCAAAGUGCACGUCAUUUACUGCGGUGGCUGAGGGUACAAACCCAAGUUCACCAAACUCAAGACUUUGCUUGAGGAUGAAUUCCCAGGUGAUCUUGAGAUUACUGGUGAGAGCACGCCGACGACAACGGGGUGGUUCGAGGUGGAGGUGAACGGCAAGCUGGUCCAUUCGAAGAAGCGGGGGGAUGGACAUCUAGACAGCGAUAAGAAGCUUGCGGUUGUGGUGAGGGCCAUUGAAGAGGCUCUGGGGAAAUGAGGCCGCACUUCCACUGGAGUCUGGUGUCUUAGUGUGUCUUUCUCUCCGGCGGUGCGAUUAAUGAGGGUGGUACCCGAAGUGUCACAGACACGGGUGCGACUUGAUGGUUCUCGUGCUGCCGGGGAGAUUCCACGCUGAAUGCCUGGACUCGACGGCUUUGGAAAACAAAGGGAAACCUGAUAUCCUGUGAAACGUACCCAUUGGGGGAGGGGGGGGGGGUUGCUUCAUAAUGGUGUGAUCUUCUGUUCUCAUCUGUGGUUGGGAUAUUAAAAAUCCUGUUUUAAUGGCUAGAAUUAUUAAAGGGAGAAUAUUCUGCACUUCCUUUUCAGCAUAUUUCUUUUAAAAUGUGUAUUGCACAUAGUUGUGGUCAUUGCUUUUAAAAUGCUGAGGUUUGCUUUUGAAAUGCUGUGGUACUAAUAAAGGGAUGUCAGUGAAAUGUU